AUGGCCAGCGAGGAGUUCGGGCAGCAGGAUGCCGCGGGUAUCGCGGAGCUGCACAACCUCAUCAAGGAACUGCGACUGAAAUACAAGGUCGCGCGCCCCGGAGGCGACGCAGCCUUCGCGAAGCAGCUGGACAAGAGCGUCAAGGAGAUCCUAACGAGGGCCCGCACGGCCGUUUCCGCGAGCGACGAUGACUUCGCGGUGCGCGCCGUGCAGCAGCUGAUGCGGAAGGACCUGGUGGACACGUGCUCGGACGCGCUCGCGGACAUGAUGCGCCUCAUGAAGCUGCGCGACCUCGCCGACCUCUUGGUGACUCUCAAGGAGUCGUACUCGGGCAUCGUCGAUGACUGGAAGGGCCUCAUGGAGGAGCAGGACAAGGCCUUGGCCAGUCAGCAAAACGAGGAGGCGCACAAGCUGCGGGCGGACCUCGAGGCAGAGAAGGCGUUGCACGCGUCCCUCACGGUGGAGAUGGAGGAGCUGCGCGGACGGCUCCGCGCGCGCGACGACGACGUGGCGCGCCUGGAGAAGCAGACGGAGGACCUCGCCGGGCAGGUCGAGAAAGGCAGCGCGGAGGCCGCGCAGAUGACGGAGCGCCUCGCGGCGCUGCAGGCGGUCAUCAAGGGGAAGGGGGUGGGGCAACCAGAGACGCCGCGGGCGACGAUGCAGGGCGCGAACGUCUCGUUCGACGGCGCGGGGUACUCGCGCGCGACGCCCGUGGCGCCGACGUCGACGGGCCUGUGGGCGACGGGCUCCCCGUCGCACGCGGGGGGCUCGCCGAACGGGGGGGGCCGCGGGAAGCACACCCCGGGGGGUCGCUCGCAGCCGUCGGGGGGCCUCUCGAGCUCGAGCCUCCUGCAGCGCGAGCUCACGCGCGGGAAGCUCAAGGCGCUCAUCCGGGAGAUCAUCGCGACGAAGGAGCGGUCGGACGAGCUGGCGGCGGAGGGCAAGCAGCCGCGGGCGACCAUGGAGGAGCACGUGUACGCGCACAUGAACAUGCGGUACGGGCUGCCGAGCCUGGUCGAGGAGCACGUCGAGGCGCUGCUGGCGGGCGUGCGGCAGUUCGAGCAGGCGGACCACGAGGUGGCGCUGUUUGGGAAGAUUCUGAGCAACGAGGUGGCGGAGGAGUUCCUCGCGGAGAUGCAGAGCCUCGCGGAGAGCGUCGUGGGCGUCCUCGAGCAGCUCGUGCAGGUGCGGCACCCGGGGAAGCUGCCCGCGGAGCGCGCGGCGGAGGUCCGGCGGCGCGUGGGCGGCGAGCUCCCGCUCGAGGAGGCGACGGUGAUUCUCCGGCAGAUGCAGGACGCGGCGAUGCGCGAGGCCGUCAACGCGGAGCUCACGCGGCGCAUCGAGGCGCGCGUGGUCGAGGUCGCGCCGUCGGAGCACACGCGCACCUCGCCGGGCACCGUCCAGCGGCCCACGUCCGUCCCGUUCGCGGAGUUCCUCCAGAUCAUCCUGGAGAAGCACGUUGCGCGGUACGAGGCGGCGGUGGCGCCCGCGGUGCAAGCCUUCCGGCAGGUUGACGCGGUGGGGUCGGGCGUGCUCUCCGACGACCAGUUCCGCCAGUUCUGCCAGCUCAUCUCCCCGGACAUCAAGGAGGCCGAGGUCGACGCGCUGCUCGACCUCCUCGACCCGCGCGGCUUCAAACGCGUCACGUUCUCGUCGUGCAUCUCCACGCUCGCCCGCGAACUGCCGUCGUAG